CGUUUCUCCCGCACUUUCUGGGAAGUGCUUCAUUUCCAGUUUCAGUUUUUCAACAGAUAAAACCUGAAAUUCCAGAUGUCUGUGUGGUGAGGAACCUCUAUAGACGCCUCUUAUGGGUGUAGGCCAACAGCAGAAAACAGGAAGGUGUUGAUAAGACACUCCAAAGUUCAGCGGCACACCUGAGGAGCGCUAGAUGGACAGCCAGGUACAGACUCUGUCACUGCACGAAGAAUGACCCACCGAAUGACUAAAUGGGAUUUUUCUAAUUUGUGGAUAUGAGAUUUCUAGGAAAGGUCUGGUGGAAAUAAUGAAAGGACUGUGUUUCUGACAAUUGGAUCUUUAUUGGAAGCUUCUCAAUUGGAGAUAUUUUCACUUGGUUGGAUAUGUGUCCUCUGAGAGUUACCGUUUUCUUGCUCUGCUUUACAGGUUGCUGGGGUCAGAGCUGUAAUCGCACAAAGGCUUAUUUUGAGUCCAGGAAUUUCUUCAGCGUUCUCCAUUGGGAUCCCGUUGAUGUUCUGGGUCAAACGCUUCUUUACAGCAUCCAGUAUAACCUUUAUGGGAAACCGUAUGAACCAGUGACGUGGUGUCAGAACAUCUCCACUCCUGUUUGUGACAUGACGGAUGUGAUGACCCAUGUGAUGAGCGACGUGACCUCUAAAUAUCAUGCCAAGGUCACGGCCGGUGGACAGUGCUUGGGAGAAGUGAUCUUCACUCCGUUUUGGGAAACCACAUUCGCAGCUCCGCAGUGGUCAGUAACAUCAAACCAAACCCAUCUGAACGUGACGGUUUCGCCGCCGAUGGCCGCUUGGAACCGCUCCAUCGAGAAUAUCGGCUUUUGGGGAAAAAGUUUCCCGAGAUCGUCCGUGAAGUACACAGUUCGUCUGACACAUCCCGAGUCACUGGCUGGAAAGGUGUUUGAGGACACGUCUCGCUCUGUGUUGAUUUGGCUUCAGGAGACAGACGUGCAGUACUGUGGUGAAGUGUUUUAUACGCUCACACACCCCGGUCUGUCCAGUCCCAGUGAAAACACUUCCUUCUGUGUGACGCUCUCAGCACCUAAUUCCUGGCUUCAUAUAUUAAUAUGGCCUGGUCUGCUUGCUCUGCUGCUGCUGAUCUUCCUACCCAUCAUGCUUUGCCAGCUGUCAGUAAACAGAAAGAGCUCCUUACCGAAAGUGCUGAUCCUGGAAAAGAACAGCGUUCCUGCGUUAUGUUCAUAUCCCAGAGAAGACAUCUUUAAACUGGAAGUGUGGUCCGGAUUUGAUAAAAAGCUUGAACCACUGUCUAUUUUUCCUCCGCCGGCGUCAGGGAUCAAGGUUAAAGAUGAUUAUGCAUCCCAGGAUUGGACACGCGAUCAACCAGACGUCCCAAUCCAGAACAGUUCAGAGUCGUCUGUGCACUACAGCAUGAUUGUGCCUCUCCAGAUCUCCAUCGAACCAUCAUCUGAUGCCACAACGGAUGAAACCCACUCGGAUUCAUUUGGUCCAGAGUUGAUUUCGAGCUUUUUAAUAGGCCAUCCAGACACUGAAAACAGCAGUGGGCCACUGGUGGUACCGGUUAGACCCACUAAAAAUGGUGCACUAGAGUUUCACAAUUGUUUAUUCCAGUGUGACAGUGGUCAAAACUCUCCAGAAGCUUCCCAGGACUCAGAAGGUUUAUCUGGAGAACAGACUCCUUUACUAUCUGACCUAGUUCAGAAGGACUCCAGGUGUAGCUCUUCCUACAGGCCUGUACACGUUUCUGACGCUGUGACGUCAAACUACAGGCAAAACUGGCUCCCAGGGAUUCCUCUGGAGGGACAACAAGACCAGAGGACUUAUGUUAGGAGGACAGACCACCUCCAGGACUCAACUGAACCGGAUGAGGACUUCAUAGAUGAAGAGGAACUUAGAGUUGGUGUGAUCUUUCUGGAGAAGUGGAUGGUGGAGACGCAGGGAUUGACUUUGCCUUGCAACUAAACGGUGGAGCUUCUUGCUCUUCUCAAUGCUCAUCUUAAUACAUCCAUGCAUGACAAAAAAAAUGUUUUUAGAUAUUCAUCUGUUGGGUUCAAUGCAUCAGGUAGUUGCAUAGGAAGUGGCGCACAUUUGAGAGUUCAUCACUUAAAAGUCUUUACGUAUGAAAUCAACCAAAUUCAGAAACCUCCCCAGCUAAAAUGCUUGAUUUUGGUUUUUUUUGUUUCUGAAAGAGAAACAUUAAUCGUGAUGAAAGCCAACAUAUUAUGUGCCAUAGAUUCGUUUUUACUGAUUAAUCCAUUAUUUUGUCAAAAUGACCAUUCACCUGAGAUUUGGAGCCAUAUUAUAGGUGGGAAAAAUGACUUUAGAAAAAUGGCAGCUACGUCAUGUUAAUAUUACACAGAGAUUGCUAGGUCUUUUAGUAAAAUUCGUUGAUUUAAGGAAUCUUUGUUGCAUUAUGUGUCAAAGGUGACCAAUCAAAAAUGGGAAAAAUGCACUUU